AUGCUUUUCAAAGCUCACGGAUUCAAGCCGACCAGAGAAGCUGAUCAAAAGAAAACGAACUUGUCUUUAGCUGAUCGUCCUCUCCUCUCCCGAGACAGAGACGAAGCAGCAAUUCCUGGAAAAGAGGCCACAAAAGGAGGCCCGGAACAAGAAGAGGCAGCCAAUGACCAUGGAGAAGAGCAAGAGGAAGCUCAGGACGAAGGAACUUCCUCUAACAAUAUUACGAGGCAAGAGAGUGAGAGUAUAAUCACUGUUGAGCACGGGAACGACAAAGAGCAGGCUGGAGCCUUGAAUGACGACAAGGGUGAUGAUCAUGCAAGUGCAAGACAUGAAGCUGCUAUCGAGGUCAUUAGCGAGAAGAGUGAACGAAAGGAAAGCGGCUAUGUUAAGAAUAACGAUGAGAACAGUUGUGGGGAGGUUAAUGGCCAGACAGUUGAGGAUGUUGAUGAUAGCAAGUCCACUGAUGAGGGUAACAAUGAAGAGACCGACAAUAGUGAUGUAAAUGACAAAGAGGGCAACGAACAGGUCGAGGAUAACAAGGAAGCCAGCGAAGAAUCGAGCGGCGAAGAGUCAAAAGACAAAGAGUCGGUGAAGGAGGAAUCAAGUGACGAUCACGGGAGCGAAGACCGGAUACCCGAUAGAGAUACGAGUGUUGUGUAUGAGAAGACUGAAAGUGUCAGUGAGGGCACUUCAACAACCCAGGAAUCCAUGACUGUCUUGGGACUUUGUCCACCAGAUACCAAGGAAGGAGAUUUUAUAUGCAUCCUCCUGGGUUGUUCUGUUCCAGGUGUCUUGAGAGAGACAACUGACAAGAGGCACAUGAUUCUCAUUGGAGAAGCAUAUGUUCAUGGCAAAAUGGAUGGUGAGGCGAUGGAGGAUACGCAUAGGGCACUAGAAACCUUCUCUAUUAAGUGA